AUGGCUUAUGAUCAAGAUAAUACUAAAGCAUGUUUAAAAUGUGGAUCCAAAUGUCCUGGUUUCAUGAAACAUUCAUGGAGAAUGUUAUGUACACAAUGUCAUUGUGCAUAUUAUGAACAUGAUAUUGAUGAUUUUACUAAUCAAUCAAUAUUAGAUCAAUUAGAUUUAAAUCAAUCAUCAUUCUAUGAUGAAUAUAUGAAUGCACAAAAUUUGGCUAAACAAUUUGGAUUACAUUGGUUACCUAUUGGUGUUAAACCAGUAGAGGUGAACUCAUUUUUGGAUAGUCUACCAAAGGAUGAAUUACCACGUGGUGAAGUUGCUAAUCAUAUUAGACGUCAACGUCUCAGGAAACAAAUACCAUUACAAGAUCGUAAACCAGCUGUAACAAUUGAAGAAUUAUGGCAUCAUUCAAAAGAUUCAAAUCCUAACUUAGAAAAUGAAUUAAUUGAAGCGAACCGUUUUAAAAAUUUUCGUAAUUUUCAUGAUUUUGGUAUUGGAUUAGUGGAACAUAUGAAUGACAAAGAUGGACAGCCAUGUACACAUUGUUUGAAUAUAAUCAAUUUUGAUGAUUUCUGUAUACGAAUUAAACCAGAACAUUCUUUAAUAGAAGACAUGUCUAACAUGCCCUCAAAUCAUACACCAGUUUGGCAUUUGAAUUGUUUUCGAUGUACAAUAUGUAAUGAAUAUUUAGUGGAUUAUAUAUAUGCUUGGUUAAAUAAUCAACCUUAUUGUUUACGACAUUAUGCUCAAUCAGUACGUCCACGUUGUGUGACAUGUGAUCAUCUUAUUUUCUCAGAAGAAUAUACUAGAGCUAUGGAUCAAGAACAUCAUUCUGGUCAUUUUGCUUGUCAUAGUUGUGAUGCAUCAUUAACAGGACAACGUUAUAUAUUACGUGAUGAUGAACCACAUUGUUUAGCUUGUUAUGAAGCUAAAUUUGCUAAUACAUGUGAACAAUGUAAAGAAAAAAUUGGUUGUGAUUCAAAGGGUAUGUUAAAACCGGAAGUUGGCAUUACAUCACUUGUUCGGGAUGCAUCAGAACCUGUACGAAAUGCAGUUUAUACAUCAUCUCAACAAUCAAAUGUUAGAUUUCAUCCAAGUUGUCCAAUGCCAUAUAUUCUUGGUCCUGGUUAUAGCGUCGGACAAGCAUGGCAAUGUGAUACAAUCAAGGAUCUUUCAUUUAAAGAAAGACAUUGGCAUGAAAAUGUUUCAAAUGUUCUGCUUGUACUACUUCAUUAG